AGCACUAUCUUCAAACCAUGAUUGUCGCAUCGUUGCGUUAGUGCCUUCAAGUACGAUUCGAGUACGAUCGUGUCGGGCGUGAUGUGCGUGUACGACUUUUCGCGAAGCCUCGUUCAGUGGAUUUAAUGAAUUUGACAAGUCUCAGAGAACGGUGAAUCGCGUCGAGAGGUUAACGGCGAAUAGCAGAGUCUUUCGUGGAAAAUCGAUUAAAUCCAGGCAGACCGUGUGGAGAGAUUCGACUACGUUCAUGUCGUCGCGUGAUCGUCGCUGUACGCUAUAGAUAGAGAGGGAGAGAGAAAGAGAUAGUGGUUUGGCCGAUGGCGGCGGCUGUCAACUCGCGGAUCUCGCUCUACGCUCGGACAGUUCUCGGCGAUUUCUCGGAAAAUCUCGCCUCUCCUGAUCUGAAAAUAGCCGCCGCGCGCUCGUGUUGAAUGCGCGCGACACGAUUUAUAAGACCGCGCGACUAAGAAGAGCCUCUUAUAUGACAUCGGGCAAGGAAACAAUGGGUGAACAACCAAUCUUUACGUGCAAAGCGCAUGUAUUUCAUAUUGAUCCCAAGACAAAGCGAUCUUGGGUACCUGCAUCAUCAGCAGCAAUAUCAGUAUCAUUUUUUUAUGAUUCUACCAGAAGUCUGUACAGAAUAAUAUCAGUUGAAGGAACAAAGGCAGUUAUAAAUAGCACAAUUACGCCAAACAUGACUUUUACAAAAACAUCACAGAAAUUUGGCCAAUGGUCGGAUGUCAGGGCGAAUACUGUAUACGGUUUAGGUUUUGCAUCUGAGGCUGAGUUAGGAAAGUUUAUUGAGAAAUUUCAUGAGGUGAAAGAAGCCACUAAACUAGCCAGCGCUAAGUUACAGUCGAAUAGUUCUUCAGUUACACCAGCUACUAGUGCGAAUGUUAGCCCUAUCACGUCUCGGUCGGGUAUGCCAUCGUCGGAACAAGAUCUUAUCGAUCCGCCAAACUCUUCGAUGAUUAACUCCAAUGUGUCGGCAUCGAACAACCCGAACCCGAAUGCCAAUAUGAUAUCCGCUCAGAACAGUGUAUCUUCGGUAAGCAGCAGUCCUUUACCUGGUAGUUGUCAGAAUAAAGUGGACGAUGAAUUGAAAAACACAGUCCAUUCAAGAUCACAGAGUGUUUCUCAGCAGAGUACAGAAAGUCCGCAGCAUCAAGGGAAAUCGGCGCAACUGAGCUCUUCACAAGGUGGACAGUCGGCUGAGGUGCAGCUCAAGUACGAGAAUGAUAGGUUGAAACUUGCUCUAGCUCAGAGUUCUGCUAAUGCAAAGAAAUGGGAGAUUGAAUUGACUACCCUCAAAACCAACAAUGCAAGAUUAACAAGUGCAUUACAAGAAUCCACAGCUAAUGUUGACGAAUGGAAGAGACAGCUACAAUUGUAUAAAGACGAAAAUGCCAAAAUAAAAGCUAAAUACGCCGAUUUGGAAGCUGGAAAAAUCGCGGAGGGAAAUAGCGAAGCCUUAAGAUUGAGAGUUGAAGCAUUGGAAAGUGAGCUGAGGACGCGAAAUGAAGAAAUCAAAGCUCUCACUAUGGCCACUAAGAGUAAAGAUUUUGUGGCUCUACAGAAGGAGAAUGCAGAACUUCGCGAUAUGUUAAAUGUAGUUCAUGAACAAUUAGAACUUGCAUUGAGUGCAAAUAAGGUUCAAAAACAAAAUUUGGAUACGUUAAAUGCUAGAUUAGCUGGUUACAUACAAGAUUUGGUAACUGUACAUCGAGAAAUCACAAAUACAUUGCAAACUUAAGUUUGCAUCAUAGGAAAACCUAAGAAUGCCUUUCUUAGGUCUUUUGUAUCUACUGUAAGCACGAUGUACGAAUGGAUGAUAUAGAUUAAUAAUCAAGGGAAAAGUUCCAAAAAUUAAAAAAAAAAAAAAGAAAAAAUCGAAUGCAGAUUAAUCGAACAGAAAAAUUAUAGAAUACUGAGAUAGUCGUCUCUCGAAAAUAGUACACUACAGAAAAGAUCGCUCCCCGAGCAUGUAUUUAUAUUGAAUCGAUCUGAUCCGUUUAGCAUUUCUCUUUAGAAAUAAGUUUCGUGCCAUAAUCGUACUAUUGUUACACAGAAUAAGACACUUAACUUUACCACCUGCUUUUCUCCUUCUGAAAUUCUAUGCAUUUAUAUGCUUUAAAAAUGCUCUAUUUAGAUAUAUAGCCUUAUAAAUGCAAUAUGAAUGCAGUUACAAAUUUGCACUUGUGAUUAUUUUCAAAAAUAACCUGUUUUCAAAAAGAAAAUGAUAAAAAAAA